UCUACCUGAAGCGGGUAGGUCUGAUGAAGGACCGGGACCGUGUCCUCUCCAUAAGGUCCAACUCGCUGGAGCGGCUCGAGAUGGACAUGAAGGUGUAUCACGGCGCCCGUCUCCAGGUUAUCGCCCCGAAGCUGAGAGUUUUCGUGUCCCCGAGGAUCUUCAGCGACGCUCCAAUCGUCGCGCCAAUGCUCUUGGAGAUGUGCUGGGACGGCCCGUACGACCCGAGCCGCCGUCAUCUCGGAGAGGCCGGGCGCCAUCUGCAGCGCCUGGACAUUGCCAAGAACACUACUCCGGCAGCGACGAUGCUGAUGCGGCAGUUUUACGCCGUCCACGAGUUGCAACUGACAGUCCAAAUAUGGAAGGGCAAUCAAGAAUACAAUCGAUAUCUAACGCUCAUAAAUAGUCUUCCCAAGUGUGAGGUUUUGGUGGUCGGAUUCGUUGUGACUCAGCAUGCCAUUAAGCCUGUAAUGUUACAAUUUCUUAAUAGAUGUGUUGGGGUGAAAAAGAUUGUGGUGCGUUGUUUGGUUUAUCAUACGGUAAGUGUGGCCUCAUCAAUUUCCUUUGGUCCAAAAUAUAUGUCAUUGUGUCUACAUACCGAAAAAUGAUGCCAAACUAUAAAUAAUUUCAUCAUAU